AUUCAUACAGACAGACAGGAGGAGCCGGGACUGAAGAACAGACAUUCCUGGUUUGCGUUACCAUGGAAACGGACGGGAGGAACGCUGGAGGGUAGCGCUGGUAGAAAGUUUGAAAACUAAUCACCGACAGUACGAGGAGGAAGGAGAGCGGUUUAAAACCCGAAGAUAUCGUUAAAACCUCCAAAGACAACAUGAGCAGGAGGAGCGGCCGUGAGCAGCGGUCCUCACAGAGGUCGGCUGAGGGCGCAGGCGGUGCAGUGACAGAAAGAGCUUUAACGUUACAUGACAAUAGCUUUGCCAUCACUGAUCUACUGAGGAAACGCCGGGAGGAGAUAGAGCUGGAGACAAAGCUCAAGGAGCGCCAACAGAGGUUGGCGAUCUUGGAACAGAACACAGAUGAGCUGCAGGUGGAGUUCAAGAAAGUGAAGGAGUUACACAAAACCUAUGAUAAAUUUCUCAAGGAGAAAGUAGUGUAUCCAGCUGCUGAGGAGGAGAGCAAAGACUUGCUUCAACUUGAAGCUAAUAAAAAGAGGCUUGAGGUGGAGUAUGUUGAAGUGAUGGGGAGGAAGCAGGAGCUACAGCGUCAGGUGCAGAGACACUCUUUGUAUCAGGACUACAUGGAGCGCAUGGUCAAAAUGACUAAGUUUAAUAGUGUGAAGGAGCUCAUCGGUCAUUUAGAGAACUGUGUCCACUUCAGGGACCAUCUCUAUCAGAAAUAUAUUGAGGUGCAGGAGCAGAUCGACCAGCAGAAAAAAACACUGCAGACACUGGAGGACCAGCAUCACUUUAUUCGGCUGCAGAAGAACAGCCAGCUGUACCAGCUCCAGGGAGAGCUAGAGAAGAUGCACUCCGAGGCUCUCAUAUUGGAAAGGGAGUGGAAUCACUUUCUGGAAAGAGCAGCAAAGAAGACAAUAACACUCGGAAGGAUUAAGAUGGCAACCCUCAACCUCUACGAGAUGACAGAUGACAAGAUAGAAGGGAGGGAAGCUGUGGAUAUGAAUGACACAGAGAAACAGCUGGACAAGAUCAAGGAGUACAUUAAGGACCAGGAGGACCUCGUGAAACAAUAUCAGGUUAUCUCACAGAGACGUAAUGCGCAGAAAAAAGGCAAGCCAAAAAAUGCACCUAACACAGCGUAAAAAAGCUUGCUUCAAAUUAACUGUAAACAGAAGGUUCCCUGUUGCUUUAAAACUGACUUCACUGAACUAGCAUUGAAUAGUUCAUUUUAAGUUCGUUUAUUAGUCAUAAUGUAAAACUCUGUGAGUGAACUCAACUGUAAACUUGAAGACAAUGAACUUCACUAAAUUUAUGGCACAAAUGAUUCAUCAUUUUGACAAGGAGUCCCAGUUUGUUCUGAUCUGCAAUCACUCCAUGUUUAUGAAUUAUGGUUUGAGCUGUUUUUGUUUAAAAUGUAAAAAAUAGAUCUUUGUGACAAAUCAGGGAAACAUGGAAAUCUCUGUUGUUAUUAACCUACAAAAACCAAAAAAAAUCAAAACACAAGACUACUAUGAGAAACACGGCUCUGCUUGCGGUGGGCUUUUAUCUUAUGUGUGCCCAGGGGCCCAUUGUCUCCUAGUUGGUCUAUUUAAACCACCCAUACAUGAUUGAAAAACAACUGAAAAUGUGUGUACAGCACAGACCUCAGUGUUGUGACCACUGAAACAUGAGUUUCAGACAUUUGAUUGACAGGUGUUACCACAGGGAGAUGUGUGAUUUUUUCACUUUAAGCACAAAAAUCACACUUAAUGUCACACCUUUCCACUGCUGACGCUUUGAAUGAUGCUGGACAGUGCACGCAAAGCACGCCACCACACACCACGCUCUUCACCUUACUCUAGACUGACAGACAUGGGCACACAUGAUGACACUGAACUGUAAACAAGUCAGAAACAAGAUCAAUUGUGUGAAAUUUUUGAGGCUACUUUGGAUUGAAAGAUGUGGGCCGAAUUUAUGUAAGGAUUUGUUGGAGUCUGACAAUGACCCUAAAAAUGUGGGAGGAGGAAAAGAUGACAUGCAACAAAUAUCCAUAGCCUCAAUUAAACCAGUGACACCACUCAACAUAACAUAUAUCGUAAUCCACUAGACCACAAGUGCUACCAAAACCUUCAAAAAUGUAUUUUAAAUUAUAUUUGAGAAACCCUCAAGUUAUAGAUACCAAAUACAUCUGGGAGAAACAUGAAUAAAAUGAGACAGAAGACUUCUAGAAUAUUUCUAUUCAGAGUCUUGGGUAUUAGAUGAUGACACUUGAUUAGCAAAUACAAUUGGGAAACUAAAUGUUAAGGCUUUUAAAAGGUUUUUCUGUAUAAGUGACUAAUGGGAACAACAAUUUUUUAAAUUCAUCCAGUAUUGAUAGAGACGUAGCUGCAGCGGUGAAAUAGGCGGCAAUAUAAUCCCUACAGACAAUAGCGUACCAUCAAUUAAUGUCCAUUAAAAGUGCUAGUUUUUAGACCCUACAGAGAAAUAAAACGUUUUUCUGUACCUUUCUGGUGCGUUUGUUAGUCUGUGUAACAAGUAUGAAAUGAUUGCAAAGUCUCAUACUGAAAUCUGCAGACUUUUCCACAUUGUCGAAAUCAGCUAAAUAUUCAGCCAUGACACUGAAAAUCUUUUUACACUAAGCUACGCUUUCUGUAUUCCAACAGAACUAACUCUUCCUGGCACUUCUGUCUCUAUCUCUCACUAAUGUAUCCACCGUUGGUUUUCUUGCAACAAGUCACCUAUCCUGAAGUUUUAGAUUGAGACUUCUCCUUGAGCGAGACUUGGUCACAGUAGUAAAAAGACCAACAAAAGGUAAAGAAAACAUUUAAUUUCUCUGUAGGGUCCUUUCUGUAAUGUUGUCAGACACUUACAAUAACAGUCUGAGCCUGCCAGUGGGAAAAAAUAGCACUUUUAAUGCAUGUAAAUUGAUGGAGCCCAAUUGCCCAUAGGGAUUACACUGCAGUUUGUUUUGCACUGUGGCUGCAGAGGUCUCGCUCAAUACUGGACUAAUUUCAAAAACUGUUGUCUCCAUUACUCACUUAGUAACAACAAAAUAGGAAAAUAGGGUCCAGGAUAAAUAACACAGAAUUUUUCCUUUAAGUGCCAGUUACUUCGUAGGCCUUGUCAGAGGCCAAAUAGCAAAAUGUGCAUCCUCUCAACACUUCAGUAAUAACUGUAUAUGUUUAUCUGGUGUGGUGUAGUGUAGCAAGUUAGGGCCACAAUCUUUGACUCAUUUAUGAUACACAUUAGGGCAAUGAGUAUAAAUGAAAAUAUGAAAUGGUUGUGCGCUUUACAAAAGUCAGUUACUGAUCCUGAGAAGUGAGGUUCAAAGGGUUAUUCUUGACAUUGGAUGCGGUAGCUGACCUCAAUGAUCUCAAUCAAAAGCUCUAGAGCAGCUAGUCAAUGGACCUUGUGGUGGUAUUGGGGUUCUGUGACAAACUCAGAAACUCAGUUUUUAAGACAGCAUGGAUGAGAGGUCCUCGAAGUGCUCAGAAACAUCUACAGUUCCACCUGCUGAGGAAGCUCCAAAACAGCUGCCAAAAUAGACUUUGUGGUGCGGUGAGAUUGAAAAGUCAGGCAGUAGUAGUCACUGUCACCUACAGUAAUGUUCAUCACAAAAUGAUAAAUAUAUCCAGGACAUUCAUGGUUUAGUUCACACCUAAAAUAUCUUUAAAGACUUAUCACCUUUACAGUAAGUAGGAGCCAUAUGUAAUUGAGUUCAUGCUAAUUUGACAUUACAUGUUCAUACUGUGAGCACAGAGCAAGGUGGCAUUAGCACGCCUAAUGGAAAUGUUGUGUGCUGUUAUUUUUGCAUAAUAGUUGCCAGGUGUGGCGAAGAUGGCGAUGCUGACAGUGAAAGCAGCAAAACCAGAAAAAUGCAUCUGAUGUUAAUGUGUGUCACGUGCACACACACACACACACACACACACACACACACAACACAAAUGGGAGGGAAAGGAAGGCAAAAGGCAGUGGAGGGGAAAAACAACAACACAGAUAGCUGCAGGCAGAGAUGCCGCUGUAUCCAUUUUUGAUGAAUGGAUGGCUUGCUGCCCAGACACACACACACACACACACACACACACAGAGUACUUUAUUAAUACUAAUGGAAUGAUGCUAUUACAAUAAAAGCAUGUUGUGUCAGGUGACACAGGGCACAGUGUGAGGCUGAGGAGAUGGAGACGUAACACCCAUGUAAACACCAGCAGACCUUUUAACAGCUGAGGAAGACGAAGAGAAAAAGAUUGGUUAGAUUGGUUAGAAUCUAUAAUGGCAGGCACGAAGUCCACGAGGACAAUAAAGAAUCUUGGUAGCAUUGUUCAUUUUUAUUAAUUGUUAUGUUACCCCUUAAAUGUCCUCUUAAGUUGCACAUUUAUUGUUUCAGUGUGUCACAAAAGCUAAAUCACCCUCUCCUAAGUGACAUAUUCAAUCCAAAUAAUAAAUGAUGUGCCAUUGCAUCAAAUGGAAAAUAAUAUUGUCCUUCUGUAUUAUUUGUACACAUUCCUCUGUGCUUUAGUGCUCAUAUUUGAGAUAUUUGGAGACCACUGGAUCUUGGAUAGUAUCCAAAUGUUGUGGGUUUGAUAACAGAUUAUCUGUUAAGCAGCUCCUCCCUUGCCCUUAAAGGGCAGUGAUACACACCUUGCUUUGCCCAGGGACCACUUUUGCAAAUGACAAGAGGCCAGGAGCCAGUUAAUAACAAUUAUGAAUAAUAUUUAUCAGUCAAAAGUAAUAAAUGAAGCAAAUCCAGUUGCAGCAGCCCAGCACAGGUCAUGUGUACGUCAGGGUGUUUCUAGGAUUUGAGGACAUAGGGCUCAGCCCAGACCUCUGUCAGGGGGGUCAAUCCUUCAACUGGCACUUUUUUUUUGAUAAACAAGCUCUAUUUCCAGAGCUAGCCCAACACAGAAGCACACUUAGCAGCUGUCUAGUGCCCCGUGGCCAGCACAGGGCACCCAAGGGUGCUUGAAACGUCCCACAAACAGAGCCAUGCAGCCCUAUGCUCACUAAAUUGUGUAGGCUCCACAACUUACACAAGCCACAAAA